AUGGCGCGGUGGUCGGCGUCGACCGCUGCCACGGUGGCCGCCGUGGUGGGCGCGAGCCUGCUCUACAGCAUGGCUCUGAUGACGACGGCGUCGGCGCAGCAGCCGGGGCCGGGCAACAUGCAGGUGAUCAACCUGGACGGCCGCCGCAACAGCAAGUUCACCUGCACCGACACCAACAAGAACUCGAAGCGGCCCGGGUGCACGGCCACCUGCCCCGCCCGCUGCCCCAAGAAGUGCCUCGUCCUCUGCCCAACCUGCAAGACCUUCUGCUUGUGCGACUUCUACCCCGGCGUGUCGUGCGGCGACCCGCGCUUCACGGGCGCCGACGGCAACACCUUCUACUUCCACGGCAAGAAGGACCAGGACUUCUGCAUCGUCACCGACGCCGGCCUCCACAUCAACGCGCACUUCAUCGGCAACCACAACCCGGCCACGAACCGCGACUUCACGUGGAUCCAGGCGCUGGGCAUCCGCUUCGCGCACCACAGCCUCUACGUCGGCGCCACCAGGGGCGCCGCCACGUGGGACGCCGCCUCCGACCACCUCGCGCUCGCCUUCGACGACGAGGACGUCGCGCUACCCGCCUCCAUCGGCGCCCGGUGGUCCCCGCCCGCCGCGCCGGGGCUGUCCGUCACCCGCACCGCGCGCGUCAACACCGUCGUCGUCGAGCUGAGGGGCGUUUUCCGCGUCGUGGCCAACGUCGUGCCCAUCACCGCCGAGGACUCGCGGGUCCACGGGUACGGCGUCGGCGCCGACGACUGCCUCGCGCACCUCGACAUCGGGUUCAAGUUCUACGACCUCACCGACGACGUCCACGGCGUGCUGGGGCAGACCUACCGCACCGACUACGUCAACAGGCUCAACGUCACUGCCAAGAUGCCCGUCAUGGGAGGCGCCGACACCUUCCGCUCCUCGGGACUCUUCGACGCCGACUGCGCGGUCGCCAGGUUCGGACGCAACACCGCCGCCGCUUCCUCAGCCGCCGGCGCCGGCAUCGACAUGGUCACUGACGCCAAGUACCUGUAG